CUUGUCAUUCUAUCCGGUUUUCCUUGCCCUCUUUGCCUUUCUUUCUUCUAGCACUGUAUACCUGUUACAGACAGUAUGGGUAUAAGCAGCAGCUGGGCUUGCUGUGCUUUUCUUCUUUACCUGCUUGCUCUUUUCUUAUCACCUUUUCGCACCAUAGGGACGGCAUUACCUCGCGGUUUUCUGAGUCCAAAUUCUUCAUGGAACACCAAUUUUUCUGCUCCCAAUAAUACUGUGGUGUUCAGAACAGUAUUCAGUGAUGGAUCAAUUGCGAGAAGCAUACUUGUCAGUGAAAAUGUAACAGUAUUUGAGGACGAUAUUGAAUAUGCUUGUGGUUGUGGCUUCUUCUGUAAUCCACCGUGCAACAGUUUUCUCUUUGCCACUUUCGUUCUUUAUUAUUACAAAGGCGACAGCGGGACGUCGGUUGCCACAGAUUGGGGUCCACAUGUAGUAUGGUCUGCAAACCCAAAUAAUCCGGUCAGCGCUAAGGCGACUUUGCAGUUCACGUCCAAAAGUGGUUUGGUGUUACUAAAUGCUGGUGGAACUGAAGUGUGGUCCGCAAACAUCACCAACAAAUAUGUGGCUAGCCUAAAGUUAACUCCCACAUGCAACCUCGUGUUCAGGGAUAAAAAUAAUAAAACAAUUUGGCAGUCUCAUGAACACCCAACGGACACGCUGUUUCGUGAGCAAAAGUUGCUGGUAGGGAAGAGCCUCACUAGUAAAGAAGGAUUGUUUUCGCUCAACCUCACAAGUGAAGGGAUUUUUGCUUAUAUCAAUUUUAAUCCUCCUCAACUCUAUUUUUCUUACAAUAUAUCAGGUUCUGAUAUCAAUAUCUCAGGUAUUGAGUUUCGAAAUGGAAGCAUAGCUUUGUUAGAUCCAAAAACGGGUUCGCAAGAAUUAGAAUUACCUGGUCGUUCAGCAAGAUUUGCGCGGUACGCAAGAUUUGAGAAUGACGGACACUUGAGAGUCUAUACUUUCAGUCCGAACGCCAGGGAUGACAUUCUUCUGGCAACACAACUUUAUAGCUGUGACUUCCCUUUAGCUUGCGGCAACUAUGGUGUUUGUGAAAACAAAGGCGAGAGCUGUAAACAGUGCACUUGUCUUACAGACAAAAAUAAAAAUGGAACAAGAUAUUUUAAGGCAAUCAAUGAAACGGAGCCUGACCAAGGAUGCACCCUGGUUACUAACUUGUCCUGUGAAGGUGAAGCUUUGGAUCGUCAUAGUUUCUUGGAGGUGGAGAACAUCGCAAACUUCCGCUUUAGCGCACAAGAUCCACCUGAUAUAAAACCAGACCAUCGAAGUAUACCUUUAGAGAAAUGUAAAGAGGAAUGCCGAAAAAGAAAUUGUUCAUGCAAAGCUGCUAUUUAUUAUUAUAAAUUAGGAUCAUCAACCGGGGAUUGCUAUUUGGAAUCCCAAAACUUUUCAAUGAUGAUGCGCAUUCCAGAACUCCAGUAUCCUAGCAUGCGCUUUAAAACAUGCAUUAAGGUGCAGGAUGUUAAGGAGCAAAGUGUUCAACGGCAAAAACAUGGGCUUGAAAUAAUUGUGGGAUCUAGCAUCACAUUUGGUCUGUUUCUUUUGAUUGGAAGCUUUGUUUUCCUAUUAUGGAAGAAGAGAAGUGCUGAUGAAGGUGAGGAGUAUUAUUUGGAUCAUUUACCAGGAAUGCCCACAAGAUAUUCUUACGAUGAUUUGCAAGCCAUUACAGAAAAUUUCAAUAAGAAGCUUGGUGCUGGUGGAUUUGGCACGGUUUUUGAAGGAACUCUAAUUGAUGGUACUAAAGUUGCCGUGAAGCGUUUAGAUGGUUUAAAUCAAAUCAAGAGAUCAUUUUUAGCUGAGAUUGAGACAAUUGGCAGCAUUCAUCAUUUUAACUUAGUGAGAUUGAUUGGAUUUUGUGCUGAAAAAUCUCAUUGGCUUCUUGUUUAUGAGUACAUGUCUAAUGGGUCUUUAGAUAGAUGGGUGUUUGACAAAAAUCUUGGGAUUUUGCUUGAUUGGCAGUGUAGAAUGAAGAUUGUUCUUGACAUAGCAAGGGGGCUAACUUAUUUACAUGAGGAAUGCUGGCAGAAGAUAGUCCACUUGGAUAUUAAACCCCAAAACAUUCUUUUAGAUGAGAAUUUUAAUGCAAAAGUCUCUGAUUUUGGGUUAUCUAAACUAGUUGACCGUGACCAAAGUCAAGUUGUGACAAUCAUGAGAGGGACUCCAGGCUAUAUGGCUCCAGAAUGGUUAAGUUCAAUAAUUACUGAAAAAGUAGAUGUUUAUAGCUUUGGAGUGGUGCUCCUAGAGAUAUUAUGUGGAAGAAGAAAUAUUGAUCGAUCUCAACCAGAGGAAGCAAUGCAUCUACUUAAUUUAUUCAAGAAAAAAAUUGAGGAGGAUCAAUUGUUGGAUUUGGUUGAUAAGUACAGUGAAGAUAUGCAAUUACAUGGAGCAAAAGUUGUGAAUACAAUGAGGGUUGCAGCAUGGUGUUUGCAAAUUGAUUUCAUGAAAAGGCCUUCUAUGUCCACCGUGAUUAAGGUUUUGGAGGAUGUUGCAAAUGUUGAAUAUGACCUAGGUUAUUUCUUCUCGAAUCCGCUUUUACCAAGCACGAGUGCUGGAGCUGAUAACCAGCGAUUGCAUGUAGGUGAUAGUGAUACUACUCAACUAUUGCCUUCAAUUCUCUCAGGACCACGGUGACUUUUCACUAUACCAUCUUCGUUGCUUGACUAUUGAGGUAAUUUUCUUUGUUUUAAUAAAACUUCCAUCCCAAUGACUAUUAUUAAUUAGCAGUUUGAAAUUUGAUGGGAGGUUUCAAUUGGAGUCAUUCAUGUUGUCAUUUAUUGGCAAUACCAUGGCUUCUCUAUUAGUAAUACUAGCGUUAUUGUGCAGGAUCAUUUUAUGUAUUAAUGAACUUUACAUUCAACAUAAACUUAGUUCUCAUAUUUUCACUGCAGGCAUUCAAACCUAAAUAAUGUAGUAAAUUUAAACAUAUAGUAUCCAGUUUUUUAACAUUAGUCUCUUCAAACCACUUCAUGUUUGUACUUCUCUUCUCUAAGAGGCCACUUGCAGGAAUAUAUAAA